AUGCUUUUCCGAAUCGGAAUACACAGACUUCCUCACCGGAGGUUUAUUCACAGCACUAAAAAUUUGAGCGCAUUGUUUGGAAAAUCAGCACCCAAAAUCACACCUCCUCUGGGCACAAGCUCAAGCACAAUCAACCCAAUCCCCAAUUCUACUGCAGCUAAGAUCGCAGCUAAAAUUCCAAGAUGGCUUCGUCCAUAUACCACUGACUUUGCAAAUGCUCCAUUUUCACAUUUAACUGCGUUCAUAAUACUUCAUGAGAUUUCAGCAAUUGUACCUUUGAUUGGUUUGUGGUACGUCUUCCACCAGAACCAUGACUAUAUACCUGUAGACCUACCAACUUGGGCAGUAGAGAAAGCCAUGAAAGUUAUCGACAAGGGGUUAGCUACUUUUGACUUCUCUGACUACUCUGUGUCAGAUAAAGCCAAGUUUUUAAUGGAAGGUGCCUAUGCAUAUGCUAUCACAAAGGCACUCUUCCCAAUAAGAAUCAUCUUUAGUGCUACUUUCAUGCCCUGGUUUGCCAGAUGGUUUGUAGUUCCAUUCACAAGAGUUUUUUCAAGAAGUAAAAGUAGAAAGACGAAGACUGAAGUGCCAGCUUCAUCUGUAGAUGCUGAAUUGGAUCCACUAAAGACAAAAAAGGUUGACAAACCUAGGCUUUAG